CGUUGAGCUUAUUAUUCUUAGAUACACACUCAUCUUACCCUGUGCGUAAAUGAAUGACUGUAUAAUUCUUCAACUAAUCAUCAUUUAGAGCAAGGAAUAUUUCGUGAGUACUUGAAGCUACCUGCAGUUAAAGCUGGUAAAGAGAUACUCUGAAUGACUACGACUCUUGCUCCUAUACACAAAGAAAAUUUUUGAUCUACGUGAAUUGUAUAAUUAAAUGAUGACUUACCCAUUGAAAUAAUCAACGGUAGACGAAUGCUUUUCCUAUUCACGAGAACUUAUUCCUGGCCAACGCUGUAAACAUGGCCGCCAUGUGCUUCAAAUUACCAGCGUUACUCAUGAAAGUGUCGGAUUCUGAGAACUCAAAGCCGCCUCUUCUCCAACGCUGAGUCAAGUCUCGUAAGAAUUCAAGAACAUCCGACACCGUAACGCGCUGCCUCCCCUCGCCCCGAUGUUGUUCUUUACCACGACAGCGGCGCCGCUGCUACUCUGCUUGCUACAGCUUGUGGCGGCCGGACCAGGGCCGAUCAACUUCAGCGCCGGUAAGCGUUGGACGGAAUGGAACGACGAAGAGGCUGUGGUCCUGGCAACGGACGAAGUGAACGUCACCGCCGCGGAGGGACAGACCGCUGCGCUGCCGUGCCGCGUGAUUCAUCUCAACGAUAAGAGGGUGGGCAAGGAAGCGUGUUUUCACCCGAAUAGAAAAGAUUCUCAACAGAGUCAAAAUUUUUUCAAGGUGAUUCAUCCAGAAGAAACUGGCGACUGGAUAUUAGAGAUCCGCACGUCAAGCCUCCAGGACUCAGGUGCUUACGACUGCCAAGUCAACACCUACCCUAAGAAGUCCACCCGCGUCAACCUCCAAGUCCUCUCCAAAGAGGACUCAGGAGUUUACUUGCAAAUGCCAGCCUCGGACAGCAGGGUGCCAAGGAGAUAUCAAAGCGAGAAGACCUACAUACAAGGUUCUUCAGAAACGAAAUAUCCUGUGACUAGCAAGGCCUCGCAAGCGUCGGUACCGAAGGCCAUUACACUGGACAUCAUAGGCCGGGGUUGGGCAGAGGUCCACGUUGGCAAGGCGUUAGGUCUUACAUGCGAAGCGCACGGAGACAAUCUUGCAGAAGUGCAUUCAUCAUCCCGGGCCUCUGAAAAUCCCCUCAUUGAGUGGACACUCGAUGAGGUGCCUGUCACUCUGCUCUUUGAUAAGGAAAAGGUAGAAGUUCACGAAAGUUGGCGGGGUGAUCUGGUGGUCUCACAGCUGACGCUGUACGACCUCACGAUUGACGACAGCGGAAUCUUCGGCUGUCACGCACCUCAUGCCGCAGCCCAGACCAUCCCAGUGACGGUCCUCAGAGCGGGCAGCACUGCAUACCUGGAGAGCAUCAACAAAUACGCACGACGCAAGGGAUUUGAAUCGCAAUUCCCCACAGAUUCUUGGCCAGUCAAAAAACCGCCACAAAACGACGCGGCAGAAACUCCACCACAGCCCGUGGCCGACCAACACUUGGUGCCUUCCAAAGCUCCUGCAUGUACCAGCAAUAAAGCGAUGGUUAUUUCAGGCGCUGUUAUGCUCUUCAUCAUGAUCGUGAAUUCUGCCAUUGGGAUUGCAAUGUAUUGCAAGACUCACUAACGCUAUUGACGAUUGUUUCAAUUGCGAUACCAGUACAACAAAAUGACUGCAACUGAUCUUGUCCGUUUGUUUGAUAUUACGAGGUUAGUUUAAGUUAGUAGUUGUAUCUUCUCUAGGUUAGGAUAUUAUAUACAAACUGCUCCUUAGAAUUACAAUAUGAAUACUGAGUAAAAUUGAAGUACAACUAUACAAUUUUCUUAGUUUUUAGGCUUUUAAAAAUUUACAUGAUUGAUAACAGAAGAAUAUUUCUUAUCGAACGGAUUUCAUGACUUUUGAGAGAGUUUUCUUGGAUGUUCCAAGACCUCCUGCCUCAGAGAGGCAUGCUUGCAAAAAAUUAGGAUUUCUAAAUCAAAUAAAAAUUAAUUUCAAUACUAACCUUGCCUUAGAUGUCAGUUUUAGAUGUUUAAUGUCGUUAAUAUUUUUUCGAAUUUAUUAAUGAAUUUAAAUUGAAAAUUCGUUGCUAGAUUGAAUUUAAAAUGAGAUUAGAGUUGAUUAUCUGCUGUUAUGUUUUAAAUAAUUGAGCGGCAGACUCUGUUCCCAUGUUAUAACGUAGCUAGGUUAAGGCUUAGUCAGCUUCUUGAAUAAUUUCACGUUAAUUUUCCAAUUCCCUCAGGUGCGUUCGACUUUUCUUUUGUCUGAUAUUGAUUAUAUUUUAACGAAAAAUUAUUUAUAAAUUAAAACCUAAAAGCAUCUGCGGCGAAUAUUUAUCCUUUA